GAUUGAAGAAAGAAGGAGAGAUUUAAAUGCGAGGCAAAACAAUUUAAUUAAAAAAAUUUUAAAGACAUCCGUCUCUCGAAAUGGCAACAACCGCAGACCUCUCACCUUCGCUGCUGCUCUUCUUAUCCAAUUACCGAUUUUACCAAACCCCAAAAAACAGCCCUCACCUCACUUUCUCCCAUUCCCAUAAAACCGGCGACGCUUCUAAGCUCCGCCUGCUCCGCCGUGCCACCACCGGAAGGCAGUCAGCAACAGUUGACUUGGAUUUCGCAGCCGAAGUUGGCCAGCACCGUCUUUCCAAGGUUCCGAUAUCGAAUUUAAGGAAUUUUUGUAUAAUAGCGCAUAUUGAUCAUGGAAAAUCAACUUUGGCCGACAAAUUGCUCCAAAUGACUGGGACUGUCCAUAAGCGAGAGAUGAAGGAGCAGUUUCUUGAUAAUAUGGACUUGGAAAGAGAGAGAGGCAUCACUAUCAAAUUACAGGCAGCUAGGAUGCGUUAUGUUUAUGAAAAUGAACCAUAUUGUCUGAAUUUGAUUGAUACUCCUGGCCAUGUGGACUUCUCCUAUGAGGUUUCUCGUUCUCUUGCUGCUUGUGAGGGUGCUCUCUUGGUUGUUGAUGCUUCUCAGGGUGUGGAAGCGCAAACACUGGCUAAUCUUUAUCUAGCCUUGGAAAACAACCUAGAAAUUAUCCCUGUUUUAAACAAAAUAGAUCUUCCAGGCGCUGAGCCAGAUCGUGUUAUCCAGGAGAUUGAAGAGGUUAUUGGUUUAGAUUGUAGCAAUGCAAUACGGUGCUCCGCAAAGGAAGGAAUAGGUAUAUUUGACAUUCUGAGUGCAAUUGUAGAACGGAUUCCUCCACCGCGUGAUACUUCUGACAUGCCAUUGAGGGUUUUAAUCUUUGACAGCUAUUAUGAUCCAUAUCGUGGUGUUAUUGUGUAUUUCCGGGUCAUAGAUGGGAGCAUAAAGAAAGGUGAUAGAAUUCUUUUUAUGGCCAGUAAGAAGGACUACUUUGCUGAUGAAAUAGGAGUUUUAUCUCCCAAUCAGAUGCAAGUGGAAGAAUUAUAUGCGGGUGAGGUAGGAUACCUCUCUGCUUCCAUAAGAUCAGUAGCAGAUGCCAGGGUGGGAGACACUAUUACUCACUACAAUAAGAGAGCACAAAACUCACUAUCUGGAUAUAAGGAAGCCACUCCAAUGGUGUUCUGCGGCCUUUUCCCUGUUGAUGCAGACCAGUUUUCUGAGCUACGUGAUGCUUUGGAAAAACUACAACUCAAUGAUGCUGCACUGAAGUUUGAACCUGAAACAUCAAGUGCCAUGGGUUUUGGCUUUAGGUGCGGGUUCUUAGGUCUUCUCCACAUGGAAAUAGUUCAGGAAAGGCUUGAGAGGGAAUAUAAUCUGAGCUUGAUAACUACUGCUCCAAGUGUUGUAUACAGAGUGAACUGCAUAAAUGGUGAUAUUAUUGAAUGCUCAAAUCCAUCUGCACUUCCUGAACAAGGGAAAAGAAAAUCAAUUGAGGAGCCACUUGUUAAGAUUGAAUUGCUUACACCGAAAGACUAUAUUGGCUCACUUAUGGAGCUUGCUCAAGAAAGAAGAGGAGAGUUUAAAGAAAUGAAAUUUAUAACUGAAAGUAGAGCAUCGCUUACCUAUAAUUUGCCCCUAGCUGAGAUGGUAGGUGAUUUCUUUGAUCAGCUAAAGUCGAGAAGUAAAGGAUAUGCCAGCAUGGAGUACAAUUUUAUCGGAUACAAAGAAAGUGAUUUAAUAAAGCUUGACAUUCAGAUAAAUGGUGAACCAGUGGAACCACUUUCUACUAUUGUGCACAAGGAUAAGGAAGAACUUGGGGCUCUCGAUAGAAUAGAACAUGGGAGAUAGAGUCUCUACCAGCAGGGAAAAGGACAGUUGGAUGCAAGUGGGUCUUUAUUGUGAAGUAGAGCCCAUAAGGGCGAAUUCAGCGCUGCAAGGCAUAGUUGGUGGUGAAAGGGUAUAGUCAGACAUAUGGCAUUGACUAUGAUGGGAUCUUUACAAUUGUAGCUAAGAUAAGUAUAAUAAGGACGCUUGUUUUCCUAGCUGUAAAUGGUGGAUGGAAGCUAAACCAACUGAACGUGAAAGAUGCUUUUCUUCACGCUGAUUUGCUAGAGGUGUACAUGGAGAUACCACUAGAUUUCGGCAUAAACCGGACACUUGGCAAGGUAUGCAGACUGAGUAAGUUCUUGUAUGGAUUGAAACAGGCUCGAGCUUUGUUUGAUAGGUUCAGGAGAGCUAAGGUAGGCAUGAGCUAUCAACAGAUCAAUGCCAACCACACUGUUCUUUUGACAAGAUGGGGAUCAUAUUACUAUGCUUGCUGUGUAUGUUGAUGAUAUUGUUAUCACUGGUGAUGAUGAAGGAGAGAUUACUCGGCUAGUCGUGAGAUUGGGUAAAGACUUUGAGGUGAAAGACCUUGGACAACUUAAAUAUUCUUGUGAUUGAGGUGGCUCGUGGAGCAGAGGGGAUUGUUCUAUCUCAGUGGACAUAUUUGCUGCAUGUUGGGAUGCGACCUUGUAAUUUCUCCAACUAAUCAGAAAUUCAAAUUGGGUGCAGAGGCGGCAGAGCCAAUUGAUUGUGAGAGGUACCAGAGAUUGUUGGCUGACUGAUCUAUCACUCAUACUUGUCCCGACAUCUCAUUUGCCGUGAGCGUGGUGAGCUGCUACAUGCAUGUCCCUAUAAAAGGCCAUAUGGACACAGUGUAUCAAAUUUUGAGGUACCUAAAAAGUGCACUGAUUGAUCUUCAGAAAAAAUGGUCAUUUAAGCAUUAAGACUAUUGUGAUUUUGACUGGGCUAGUUGCACUGAUGAUAGAAGGUUCACCUCAGGAUAUUGCAUGUUUGUAGGAGGCAACUUGGUAUCUUGAAAGAGCAAGCAGCAGUCGGUAGUAGCGAGGUCAACAAUGGAGACACAGUACAAGGCCAUGGCCUUAGGAGUCGCCAAGAUUUUGUGGCUGAGAGCUCUAUUGGUAGAACUAAAAAAGGAUCAAGAGGCUCAAAUGAAGCUGUGGUGUGAUAUUAAGUUGGCAAUCAGCAUUGCCAACAACCAGUGCAACACAACACGACAUAAUCAAACAUGUUGAGAUUGAUAGGUUUUUUCAUUGAAGAGAAGCUAUUGCAGUUAAGUCAUAUUGCAACUGGAGGCAAGUGGCUGACUAUCUGGCCAAGUGGCCGAGUGUCUCGCCAAGUGGCUGUUCAUUAGAUCUAUCUAAACUAUGUAACAAGAUGUGCUUAGUGGAUAUCUUUCGCCCAUCUUGAGAGGGAGUGUUGACAUUUAUAUUAGUUUAGGGACCUAUUCAAAAAAAGCCUAAGGACUUAUUAGCAA